AUGGCUGUAGGAAUACUGGCAUCAGGAGACCCUGUGGGUGUAAGGAGAGGAGAUGAAGACGAUAAGGGCGUGGAAGAAGACAGAGUAGUGGACGAAGAUGAGGACAAACUCUUAGAAAGCGAGCUUGUCGACGUUGUAGUUGGCUGCGACGCUGAUAUUGAUGUGGUUGUCGAUGUCGAUGGGGAUGUCGAUGUUGGCAGCUCGGUAGUGACAGGGAUAGAAGAUGCUGGCUCAGAUAUGGCGCUGCUAGAUGGGAAGAAAGGUAUCACAGUGAGCUCCAAGACAGUUGUCGAGCUUGCUGAUGAGACCAGUGGCGAUGACAGGGUGCGCCCCGAGUCUGUGGUGGUCAGCACUGAUUGGCUUGACGAAAUCUCUGUCGAGCUGUCACCGCUGGACGCAGAGGUCGAUGAGGUAGAUGACUGCGGCGGGACGAAUGUGAUCACAGUAGCGCCGUCCUCGACAGAGGUCGAUGUUGAGGAGCUUUCGGAAGUAGUCGAGGCUGAGGUAGUUGUUGAUAUUAAUGGCCCCAGUGUCAUGGAGCUCAAGAAUGAAUUUGAUGAGAGGGUCGAACUGGAAGAAGAAAUACCGUCAUCACUUGACGUAGGAGAAGAAGAGGUAGAUGUCAAUGUUAUAUCUCCUGAGGGCGCUGAGGCUCCCGGAGUCGAACUUGUCGACUGUGUCUCUUCGGAUGUAGUCGAAAACACCGCGGAAGUUGACGAGUCGCUCAGGGUCGUGCUAGUAAAGCUACUGUUCUGGAAACCAUUUUGUCUGAUCCAUUUUGCCCUCCUUGCCGGGGAGUAUUCCCGAGUGGGUGUCCGCACCCUGAGAGGACCAGCCUCUACUGUUGCCAAUAAAAGCAGAUCUAAGAUGAUGUUUGUGACGCGCAUAAUUGUGUAUGUUGAUAGAGAGAGACUAUGUUGA